UUUGAGUGUGUGCGAGUACACUGAAGUGCGUCUGGUUCUCUAGUGUGUGCCGCUUAAGUGAGUGUGACAGGAUGACAGGACAGGAUUUUCCAAUCAGCAGGGGGAGAUUCCCGUCGCUGUGUUUUCCCCCCUCACCAUGAAACGGAAUACAAACUCUCUCUCUCUUUGGUUUCCUGCUGAGGCUUCAGUAAAGUUUGUGUGGAUGACUUGGAGUUUGAGGGAAAUGGAAAAUGAAAUGUGUGAGUCUAUGAGGUUAUUUCUAAGUAGGUUAUGUUUUUGUCCAGUUGUUGGUUAGUUAGCAGGAUUGCACAAAAAACACUGGAGGGAUCAUCAUGAAACUUGGUAGAAGGAUGUCAGCUCAUGUCAGGAGGAACCCAAAACAUUUUGGUGCGGAUCCAGAGCAGGGGACUUUCUUCAACAUUGCAAAAUAGGAAGUUUUGCAACAUUUUCCUUAGUUUCUCCGAAAUAAUUCAUGAAACUUGAUGAAAUGUGGUGUCAUAAGGGAACUGCUGAGCCCUGGAGGAGGAAUGAACCAUUCUAGUGCAAAUUGAGAUGCCCUAGAAUUCUCUGGUCUCACAACUUCUUCCCAACGUGAAGGAGACACUACGGUGGCCUUCAGGUACCAUAAACAAGUAAAAGGCUCUGAAAUCUUCCCAGACUUCCCAGAAGAGGAUCCCCUCAUAGUAUAGACGUUUUCAAGUAGCAGGUCUAGUUGUGUGUUCAUGAUCUGUGGCAUCAGCACUAGCUGUGACUUUAAGGCAGAGUCUCUACACUACAGUUCUUUGAACGCAGCACUCUUCGCCGUUUGACCUUUGUAACUGAUAACAUGAAAUAGCCCUUUUGAAUGGCUAAUUGGUAACUAAACAUAUGUCUCAAUGCAGCGGCAGCAGACAUGUCUGUCCACCAGGAUCAGACAGACGGGCACAAAAGUGGGAGAAACUUAUUAGAAAGACGAGCAGGCUGGUCGACUGUGUGUGUCAGGUCCGCUUAUAUUUGCUGUGGCCGUCAAGCCACAAAAAGGAAACAGAACCACAAACACACCCAGACUAACAGAGGAGAUGACAUCAUGCAUGGGGAAGAUGGUCCUCUGUGUGCUGCAGAAAUCGGAUCUGAACUCCAGAAACAGUUUGCCAUCCUGCCAGGGGGCCGCGGGAUAAGCGGACGCCCUAUCAUGGUCUUCCCAGAGUUCCCCGAGUUCAGCGAGCUGGAGGAGCAGGAGCUCCAAAGCGUCCUCGGCUACCUCACCAGCGUCCCCAGCGGUGCCGCAUCGGGAGUGGGUUUCAUCCUGGUCAUCGACAGACGACUGGACCGAUGGGCCGCCGUCAGGGCUACCCUGCUCCGCAUCGCUGGCUCAUUUCCAGGGAACUUGAACUUGGUUCUGGUUUUGCGUCCCACUACUUUGUUGCAGCGGACUCUGUCAGACUUCCUGUUCAAGUUCAGCAGGGACGAGUUCAAAAUGAAGGUGGUGAUGCUGAGUUCGGUGACUGAGCUCCAUGCUUAUAUCGACCCAGGACAACUCACCAGAGAGCUGGGAGGCACGCAGGAGUACCACCACGAGAGCUGGAUCUCUCACCGCACUGCAAUCGAGGCGUUCGCCCUCAUGGUAAAGACCACGGCUCAGACUCUGCAGGCGUUCGGCACUGAGCUCGCGGAGACAGAAUUACCAAACGACGCCGAGGCCACCACCAACCUGCUGCACACACACACACUGAAGAAGGACACAAUGAAGGAGGACCUGCAGGUGGCGCUGUCUCAAGGGGGACGCCUGUUGGACUGUAUCAACGAGCCUCUACAGACAGACCCCGAAUACAGCAUGACCCAUGAUGAGCUGGAGAAUUUGGAGACUGUGCAGAGACUCCUGGGUCAGCUGGACGAGACUGAGACGGCGUUUGACGAUUUCUGGGAGCAUCACCGCACGAAGCUGGAACAGUGUUUGCAGCUGCGCCAUUUUGAACAGCACUUCCGUGAAGUGCGUGCUCAGCUCGAUGUGACCUCAGAAAGGCUGUCGAGUUUCUCCGAGGUCAGCGUCAGCCCCGCCCACGGCGAGCAUGUCCUCCGAGAGCUCGGCGGGCACGAGGAAAAGGCCUGUGACAUCCUGGACCGCGCCGUGUCCCUGGCCUGUGAAGGUGACAGGCUGAUAGAGAACUCGCACUACGCCGAGGACUCCAUCAGGCCGAAGUGCAGCGAGCUAAGGGGGGUGUGCGAUGAGAUCAGCGCCACCCUGAGGUGCAAGAAGAACCUGCUGCUCAGGGCGAUGGAGAUGCACCACUCUCUGGAGAAGGCGUCACAGUGGUGUGAGGAGGGCAUCUUCCUAUUGGCCAACCAGCCCGUUGACCGCUGUCAGUCUCAGGACGGAGCUGAAGCGGCUCUGCAAGAACUGGAGCGGUACCUGGAAACAUUACCGCUGCACACCCUCUCCGACCGCAGCGCCAUCUGCUGCCAGUAUGAAUCGGUGCUCACCACUCAGCUCAGGGACCAGGUAGAGAGAGUUUUCCAGAAGCAGGGCUCUGUGCAGGAGAUGUUCGAGAAGAGACGCAUCAGCUUGAAGAAACUCGCAGCCAAACAGACCCGACCGGUCCAGCCAGUGGCACCGAGACCCGAAGUCAAGUCGCCUCACUCCUCGCCCAAUCAACAGAGAAAAGAGAGGAGAUAUUCUGCAGAUAAUGCCAUCUGCAAAAAGGUUCAUGUGGAGUCUCCUCUUCUUAAUGGCACCAGACACGCUUCUCUCUCAGAGGAAGAAGAAAACCUGGCAGUGCUUCGGCGUCACGUGAUGAACGAGCUGCUGGAGACGGAGAGAGCGUAUGUGGAGGAGCUGCUCUGCGUCCUGGAGGGCUACGCAGCAGAGAUGGAAAACCCCGCCAUGGCUCCUCUCAUCCCCAGCACGCUGCUCAGCAAGAAGGACGUCCUGUUUGGGAACAUGUCUGAAAUCUACCAGUUCCACAAGAGGACGUUUCUAAAGGAACUGGAAGCGUACACUGACUUUCCCGAGCUGGUGGGCCGCUGCUUUUUAGAACGGAUGAAGGACCUGCAGAUCUACGAGGCCUACUGCCAGAACAAACCUCGCUCCGAGAGCUUGUGGAGACAGUGCUCCGACUGUGCCUUCUUCCAGGAGUGCCAGAAGAAGCUGGAACAUAAACUUGGUUUGGACUCCUACCUCCUUAAACCUGUCCAGAGAAUCACCAAGUACCAGCUGCUGCUUAAGGAGUUGUUGAAGUACAGUAAAGGCUGUGAUGGCUGUGAUGACCUACAGGAGGCGCUCUCCUCUAUUUUGGGGAUUCUAAAAGCUGUGAAUGAUUCCAUGCACCUCAUCGCUAUCACAGGAUAUGAGGGUAACCUCUCGGAGCUGGGCCGCCUGCUCAUGCAAGGCUCCUUCAGCGUGUGGACAGAGCACAAGAAAGGUCACGCCAAGGUCAAGGACCUGGCCCGCUUCAAGCCCAUGCAGCGGCACCUGUUCCUGCACGAGAAGGCCCUGCUCUUCUGCAAGCGGAGGGAGGAGAACGGAGAGGGCUAUGAGAAAGCGCCUUCGUACAGCUUCAAACACUCACUCAGCAUGAGUGCCGUGGGAAUAACGGAGAGCGCUAAAGGAGAUAACAAGAAGUUUGAAGUUUGGUGCAACUCCAGAGACGAGGUUUUUAUUGUGCAGGCUGCAACGCCCGAGAUUAAAACUUCGUGGGUGAACGAGAUCCGCAAAGUUCUGACCCAGCAACUCAAAGCGUGCAGAGACGCCAGACAACCGAAGAACUUAGACUCUGUUUCUAUGAGUCCCACCAGCAGCAGCAGCUCCAUCUCACUCAGCCCGUUCCGUAGCAGUGGUCAGAAGAACCAGAAGAAGCAGGAUGAGAAGAAAGCCGAGCCGAGCCCGACCUCCGAUGCAAACUUCUCUUCCUCACCCAAACACAAAGUGCCGGCCGCCCAUGUCACUCUAAGCAGAGUCAAAUGGAUGAGUACCUCUAGUCUGCUACAGAGCAAGCGGCAAGGCUGGAGCAAGACGUCUCUCUCGGUGGACGCAUCGGAAGAGAACGACGGCUACUCCAGCGGCGAGGACCCCAUUAACUCGGACCCCGAGGAUGACGGAGGAAAGAAGCUGGCCCAAGGAAAGUACACGGUGGUAGCAGACUGCGAGAAGGCGGGACCUCAGGAGCUGUCUGUCAAGAGUGGAGACGUGGUGCAGCUAAUCAGAGAGGGAGAGGACGGACAGUGGUUUGUGAGGAACCUGCGCAGCAGCAAGGAGGGCUGGGUGGCGGCGGCAAACCUCCUCAGCCUCAUCUCGGAGUCCAAGUCGUCGCAGUCGCUCAGCAGCUCAGACGGCAGCGUCUCCGGGAACAUCAGCACGUCUUCCAGCUGCAGCGAGACCUACACCAGCUUCUCCGACAUCAAACCCUGAACCGACUGCACUUUUCCCCCCCGGACUCCACCUGAAAUCAUCGCAAGGUGGAAUUUCAAGAAACCUGAAGCUGCCUCUGACAGAAUCUCAAUGCUCACACACACCUUGCAGUUUGUCGGAUCCUAACAACAUCUCCAAAGCAAUCAUCGUAUCUGCGAAUGUUAGCAGAGGACUCAUAGCCACCUUUCUCUAAAAUAGCUCAUUUCCACUCUGCAGUAUUACUCUUCUUAUUUCUUUGACAUUUAAAAAUAUUCACGUAAAAAAGAUACAAGAGCUCAAUCCCCUUCUGUCUGGCUUUUUUUCAAUUUAUUUACAAUAAGAUUAUGUAGCAUUAAAGACAAAUUCAAAUACCUGCACUAAACACGAGGCGUCAGCAGCUUACAAACCUGGGCAUCACGUUGACAGGUAGUUUCUGAGCAGAAUUUCACACGAUACGAUGGCUUUAGUGUCAGACACUGUGAAAAAUGGCAGCUGGCUGCAGCAUGAAGGAGAGAAAAGUGCUUUCGGUGCAUCUCGGAGCGUCACUGAGCAGGUGGAACUUUGUGGACAUGUAGCUGUAAGUCUUUUUAUAUGUAAGUGGGUGACACACAGGCUGUUACAUCCCUGUGGUGUCUGGAGUAGAAGCAGUUUUUGCAGAAUGCUGCAUUCAACCCACAUUAACAAGAGCUUCCCUCUACCCUUGUUUUGACUGCGAUGCAACUCAAUCUGAUGUAUCACCAUGUGAAUGUCAACAGCAGCGCCACCUGGUGGUCACAUGUCUUUCCCUUCCCUCUUUGUUUUUGUGUGAAGAAGGAUUAGCUAACCCAGCUCUGAACUACUUUGGAUUUACCUCUCAGGAAGACGUCAUGUGGGCAAGCAGGUGUGACUGCAUACCUGCGUGUGUCAACUACAUGUCUUUGUAUGUGUGCAUUCUUGCAUAUGUGUGUGUUGUGUGAUGCAAAUCUAGCAAGUGUCACAACCCCACCGAGAAAGGCUGUAAAACCCGUUCAGGAGGAAGGUGUUUCAGAUUUUCAGUGAUAACUGUCAUGCUGGGUCCAUAUUUAGUUUGCAAAACUUUAUUGAAACCUUUAAUCUGGCCACUAGCGGAUCAGUGGAGUUAAGGCCGCUAAAGAAAACCCAGUAAACAUGCACGUGAUAUCUGCUGCACAGAUCCAGUUCUUUUUGUGUCAUGGCCGCCCCGCUCACCUAUCUUCUCGCUGCGCUGCAGCAGCAACAAAAGCCGGCUUUGUCCUCGUCCUCUGCUCCCGGCCCCGCCGAGGCAUGUGACAGCCGGCCCUGCUCCGCAAGCGAGCGAGCAGGGCCGACCGGGGCCCAGACCUGCUCGACACGUUUGCGCCACCAACCCCCCGAGAGCAAUAAGUGUUUACUCGACACCACUAUGUAGCUUAGUCACUAUCUUGGUUGAGUUAAAAAACACAAAAACAAAUACUGAUUGUGAGUUAUAUAGCAGGGGAGGGGUUGAGAAGGUCAAGGCCUGAUUGGUUAGUUGGGCCUGGUAGUGGAGAUGAUAACAGGUUGAUGGCACACCUCUGCCAAACAGCUGCUGUGACACACCCGUCAACACACAAACAUGUUUUAUACUUCUACUGUAUCCACAAGAUGCAUUGUAAAACAAUCACAUCCUUCUUUCCACACUCGCUGUUGAACGUCUGACAAAUACACACCAAGAUGUCGCACUAAAACCAGCCGCACCCAGAACUCAGCUGCUGUGCUCAACAAAGCCAAGUUCAACACCACUGUGGUUUUGUUGGCCAUGAUUAGAGCUCUUGAUGUUUUUUCUUUUGUUUGAGAAAAUGCAUGUCGUUCUCCUGUGAAAGGAUAAAAGAUCCUCUCCAGAAAAGCUCUCGGACCUUGAACCGUGUGCUGCAAACCUGCAAGCUAACCUGUGGCGUUAUACGUGUCGGUUCCGUGUUACACUUGUACAGAUGUCGUCCUCUCUAUACCUUGCGUCCUUUUUCUCUCCAGAGCAUGCAUAUCGUGAAGAGGGUCAUGUUUCUUCUUGUGCGUCUCUCUCCGUGUCAUAGUCGACUCUUUUUAUGGCAUGCUCCUCAUCCGCCUCAAUUCCAAACCUCUCACGUCAGAGUAUUUUUUACCAGGCCCUGUUGUACAUGAUGAGAGUUUAUUUUCUGCCCUCACGUUGAAGCUGACACCGGGCACUAAACUUGUCAGUGUUUGAUCGUGAUCACGCAAUAGAUCUUAUUGAAUUAUUCCCACUUCGCGCGCAGGGCGGGGAGAUCCGAAGGGUUAUUCUAUUUUCUUGUUUCUUUUUAUGCAGCACAUUGCAGCGACCACUGUCCUUAUUUCCUAUUGUAUAUCUACUGAGUAUGGUGUUGAUAUAAAGAUAUUAUAAUGAGACCUAUCUGUGUAUAUUUUGUAAAUAUGUAAGUCUGAAUUGUAUGUAAAAUGAAAAGCAGCUUUAAUAAAGUCUGACAUGGUUUCCUUUAUAA